UGACCUUAAUGGAGAGACAGAAGAGGAAACAAGAAAUAGAGAAGGGACUUCAGUUCAUUCAGUCCACAUUACCCCUAAGCCAAGAAGAUUAUGAGGCCUUUUUGCAGAAGCUGGUGAGAAACCUGUUUGCAGAGGGCAAUGAUUUGUUUCGAGAGAAGGAUUUCAAGCUUUCACUGGUACAGUAUGUAGAAGGGCUGAAUGUGGCAGAUUACGCAGCCUCGGACGAGGUGACCAUCCCAAAGGAACUCCUGUGCAAGCUGCAUGUCAACCGAGCUGCCUGCUACUUUGCCAUGGGGUUGUAUGAGAAGGCACUGGAAGACAGCGAGAAGGCUUUAAGUCUUGACAAGGAGAACAUCCGAGCACUCUUCCGGAAAGCCCGCUCCUUAAAUGAACUUGGAAGACACAAAGAAGCAUAUGAGUGCAAUAGCCGAUGUUUGCUGUCCCUUCCACAU